CUUCCUGGUUGAAAGAAGUUGAACUCAAUCGUCAUACUCAUGCUGCCGGAUAAUAACAGAGGCUGUAUUUAGUUAGCUAAUCGGCGGGGUUGCGGUUCUACUAUUAAAAAAUACCAAAACUGUGUCAAUAUUAGAAAUAAAAUGUCUGGAAAAGCAAAGGAUCUUCUGCAGAUGGACCUGUAUGGUCUGCUCGGCAUUGAUGGAACUGCCACACCGAAAGAGAUAAAGAAAGCGUAUCGACAGAAAGCGCUGACAUGCCAUCCCGACAAGAACCCGGACAACCCGAAAGCAGCGGACCUCUUCCACCAGCUCUCCCAGGCUCUCGAGGUGCUGACCGACGCGGCGGCCAGGGCGGCCUAUGAUAAGAUCUGCGCGGCCAAGAUACAAGCAGCGGAGCGGACCAGAAAACUCGAUGGCAAGAGGAAGAAAUUCAAGUUUGACUUGGAGGCCAGGGAGGGUCAGGCCGAGACCCAGACCCAGGAGGAAGCGGGGAACACGAGAUCCCUGGAAGAGGAGAUCGCCCGUCUGAGAGAGGAAGGCUCCAGGCAGCUUCAGGAGGAACAGCGACUGAUCCGGGAGCAGAUCCAGCGGGAGAGGGAGGAGCAGGAGCAUAGAGGAGCCGGUUACACACACCCAGACUCGGGGCUGGGGAGAUGUUCCAAGAGCAACGUGACCCCCAAAUUGAAAUUGAAGUGGAAGUGCAAGAAAGAUGAUGACACUAACGGAGGCUACUCUCAGGAAGACCUUUCCAGACUGCUGCACAAGUACGGGGAUGUUUUGAAUGUGCUCGUGUCAAGCAAGAAGAAAGGAAGUGCUGUGGUUGAAUUUGCAACUGUCCGAGCAGCUGAGCUGGCGCUGAAGAACGAGAGGGGCCUGAACGAAAACCCCCUGAAGAUCUCGUGGCUUGAAGGAGAGCCAGAGUAUGUCGCCCCGGCGUCUCUACCUGACCAGUUUUCGCCUCAGGCCCCGUUGAGCACGGAGCGCGACUACGAGAGCGUGGUGCUGAUGAGGAUGAGGCAGGCCGCGGAGCGCCAGCGGCUCAUCGAGGAGAUGCAGGAGGAGGACGACAAAGCAGAGGCCAAGGUCAAGUCCUAGCAGGCAGGGAGAGAGACGGGUUCCUCCUCUCGCACACAAACACACCCACUCUGCCUCCCCUGGACUCGGGCUUUAGUUGCAUAAAGCCUCUUUAUGGACGUUUGUUGUACAUUUUUUUACGUUUAUACAUUUUAUCAGCGUUAUCAAAUGUGGGGAGAAAUAAAUCUAUUGCAGAACGGUAGAACAGUGUGUUUUUAAUGAGCCAUUGUCGUCAUUAUGAUCCACUUUCUCCUCAAUGGAAUUGAGGAGAUCAGAGGAGACAUGAUACAAACCUGACAUGCCAAACUGAACCACUGGACUGGUCUACAGCGACGUGGUCCCAAGAGCUGAACCAUACAAAAUCAAGGUUCUCUGCUAGGCUUGUUUGUUUCCUGCUCUAGUCUUGUUCAUUUCAUGUACCAUGAGCGUCAUAAGAUUGGAUCGGACGUUAUCAGACAAAAAAUGAAAACGAAUUGGCUGUGCAACACAAGAUCUCAUCCAAACGCUACAAUCGUGUAAUUUGCAUGUCAGUAGCGUUCUCUCAUAAACCGAGACGACUAAUUAUCCUCAGCCGUAGCGCGCCACGUAAAACCGUCAUCUCUCUCGUCACCGGGCUCGUCGAGCUGAUCUCAAAUGAGUCGAGUCGUCUGGCGCUCCAAAGCCGCAGACCGGGCCGACGUGAUGAUGUGGAAAUCAUGUCUGCUCCAUGCAACUGAAGAAAAAAAAGCAACUGUAAUCAACGGCCGGGGGAACGCUAGGUACACACGGUUUCUAUUGGAAUUCCUGUGGGCUCAUGUGAUGAAAAGUGAAUUUCAUUUUUCUUCUUUCUGUUUCGGAGCGUGUCCGGUACAGAGAAAGCUAGUGGUUAUGAUGGUUACCGAAGUCCUUUGUAUACAAUCCAUCUUAAGCACUCCUCUAAAUUGGGGAGUCUGCUGGGAGUGUACAGUUUGAAGACUGCACAAUGCAGUUAUUUAUUUCAGCAGACUUUUCUUUUUGUACACUGUGGCUUUACCUGUGGUUAAUUUCCUUUUUUAUUGGAGAUACCCAAUUAAAUACAAGUAUGUUGCAAAGCUUGGAGACUUGAAAUUGGAUGUGGGGGUAGGAUGUGCAAGAGUAGUAGGGCAAAUAUCUGAACCAAAUUGAUAGGAAUUCAAAUGUUUAUUAAUUUCAUGUACUGCUCGAUUCUUUUUUCUUAUAGUAAUGUUUCUGUACAACCACAAAUACUUUGCCUCGCGAGGCAGCUGGAUUUACUAGCUCACGAGCACGCAAGACUCCAUCUUUCCAGGCAUCGAGCCAAGCAAUAGUGUUUGGACCAAUAAGCGUCCUAUGAGGAACUAUGUGAUCUACGUGAUGCAUGAUGGACAAAUGGUUCAUCCGAUCACCUGGCAAGCAUUUUCUGAAAGUGCCUGCCCUUUUCCAAACACUUUCCAGGGACGACUUCCCAGAUGGUUCGGUGUAACCACCCAUCUGGAUCAUCAGGUUAACAAAUCUAGGCACACAACCAGUACGGUUGUUAUAGAUCCAAAAGGCCAAAUCUGCACCUUGACUUUUACAACAAUAAUUGCAAUAAUCUAAGUUGUGCACUUCCAAGUGUGAAAGCAGGCAUCACAAUACAGGUGUUGGAGCACCAGUCAAAGCCAACAUACAGGAGACUGUAUGUUGACAUUUAUGUCAGUAUUAUUCCCCAAAGUACAAGGUAUAUUGUUUUUUUACACUGUACAUUUCUUGGGUUCAUUAAUGAGGGAGUCACAGUUGCCAUCCUUACAGCCUCUCUGAUUGAGCCUCUCAAUCAUUUAACAACAUUUAAUUCAUAUUCAAUUCGAUAUUUGAUUUGAGUUGUGAAGAUGAAUAACUCAAUAGUUCCAAAGUUGUAUCAAUGUUUUCUUCAGGGGAAUAAUAUUCUCAUUAAUGUUGAUAUUCCUUGUGUCUGAAGUUACGAGGAUGGGUGCGUAUUCAGUGAUAAUGGAUUGGCUGUACAUGUUUUCAUGCAAACCACCGUUAUACUCUUUUUGUUUUUAAUUUCACAGUUCACUCCCAUCCUACCAGAACACAUCAAGUGUCUUUAAAAAUGUAACUCUGUACGUACCCUGUGAUUUCCCCCCCCCCCCCCCUCCCCGUUUAAAUGAAUUUCCUCUGAAUUAUGUUAUUCUAUUAUUGCGCUAAGCUGUUCCCCAUUAGCGUUAUGCAACUGAUUCCAAGCAGAUACUCUGUGCUCCUCGUGUGAGCCACAUCAAGUUAAGACCCCACCAGUGCCCACUGCCAGACCGCCUGCGGUCAGCCCUACUCUCGGGACCGUGUCCUCCCUCUUUCUGUCUGUCUGUCUGUGGCACGUCGCUCUACCCAAGUGGAACCAUGUACUGUGUGUGCGCGCAGCGAUAGCGUAACCAUGUGUCUCUUUCCGCGGUCGCUCACCGCCCUGCCUUGUCACUUCCCACGCCGGGGCUGCGACGCUCUGACUGAAGUUGCGCGGGGAAAGCCUCACGGACAUCCAAGCCCGCGGUCCCCGGUUCCCAACCCCCCCCUCCCCCCGCCGGGCCUGCGCUGCCCCCCUGUGGCCCGCGUUGCACAACAGCGUCCGGCUGGGGGACCGUUGCCGGUGGUGUUGGUGGUGCGGUGAUCUACAUCUGCUCCUCCGCCUCCUGCUGCAAAAUCCCCUGGUCAGAUGGUUCUGUUUACGCGCAGCCCCAGUUUCUUUUUCAGAUCCCGGCAUCGAGCGGAGGGGAAAAAAGCCCCAAAACACACAAACCCGGGCCAAGUGACAACAGAGGAAAUACAAUUACAGGAAACGCACUCGGUGCCAGCGCUGCCCUGAGCCCACGGUGUCUCGCGCUGCAUGCAAACAAAUAAUUAGAGCCGUGUUGCAGGGGUGCAUCCAGAUGACAGCCGCGCUCCGUACCGGCGCGAUGCAUUGGUGUUGUUCCCAGCUGAACCGUUUGAGCCUCAGUGUGACAGCUAUCAGGGCCCAGAGCCGGGGGAUUCUCAGGACCCGUUCCCUCUUGCUGCUGCUGACAAUCAGCCAGGGGAACUGGGUUGGCUGGCCUGUCCUGUGUGUGUGGCUGACUUGCCAGAUUGGUGAUUGAGGCUGGCUUAUCUUGUACUGUAAUGAAGCCAGCCACCCAGUGAGCCACACACACACACACACACACACACACACACACACACACACACACACACACACACACACACACACACACACACACACACACACACACACACACACACACACACACACACGCAUACGCGCCCGCACGCACACGAUAAGAUAAUACCAAAGUCUGUUCUUUCUCUUUGAUUGCAUUUCAAAUUUUUUACUGAGGAUUUUGUGUUCUGUUCUGUUUCUUGGGAUUGUUGUCAUGAUGUGUUCUUGAAGUAAACAUGGAAUUCUUAACAGUG